AUGGUGGUGUUCGUCGACUUGGACCGUGAUGCCUUCUCCGAGCAUCACACCUCGUUCUCCCUGGAGAAACCGUUUCCCCCAAAGCUGAUAGUCGCCCCGAUCGUGUCAGCCGAAUCCGCAGAACUCGCGCCCUCGCCCACCUCGUCCGACGACGAGCGCGAUUCACAGCGUCCGGUGUCGCAUGGGGAGAAUCUUAACCGGAAUGCGUUCUCCGCCGCUUUGAGCUGCUAUCCUAUCGUUAAGGAAAUUGCCCGCGCCGUUGAUCUCAAUACCCUGCACGCCCUGUCGCGCACAUGUCGCCAGUUUCAUGUCAACCUAGCGCCAUUCCGGCACCAGCUCGUGCGCGAGACGCUCCGCUGCGAGAAUGAGUAUAUUGAGACCGUAGCCGAGAUGCUCGACGGUGGCGCCGUCCUCCCGAAUAGCGUCAAGUCGGUGCUACGCCUGCUCAGCCAGGGCAGCGCCGAGUCCGGUCGCAUGACGCGGGGGAAAGUCGGCAAGUGCGCGCGUGACAUGGUGGGCGAGUGUCGUCGCUGCAGCAAGAUUGUGUGCAGGAAUUGUACGAUUAAACCGCCAUCGCAGACAGCCAUGAAGGCUCGCAUCCGCCGCCUCUGUCGAACGUGCGGGACCGCCCCGCUCUCCUGCCACCUAUCUGCCACCAGUGACCCCCGACACCCACCGGAUCCUUGCCAGGAAGGUACGGUUGCUGCGGUAAUAGCCCGCAGCACUGGCACCUGCCAUUGCGACGAUGCGGUGUGGCUUUGCCAACAGUGUGGGCAGACGCUGCGCAGCAACGACACCACCUACCGACGUGUGUGGGCCUGGCGCACUCGGUACAGCACUUAUUUGGGCGGUGGCUUGGGCACUGGGAUUGGCGAAGGUGCCCAGGGCGUGAAAUGUGGGCGCGGUGAGGCGUGUCUGGCCGCCAAAGAGAUCGAGCUCGAAGUCGACUGCGAAGCAGAUGAAGGGUCUGGCAGUGAUACCAGUAGCCCAGGCCACAGCCCUGCGAGCCACACAUCCCACCACCACUAUCACCACGAGCUGGUCUCGUCGGAUAGUCAUGACGACGAAGAGCCGGGGUAUUUCCGACAGGAGGUCAUCGGGUUAGGUGGAUUGAUGAAACACAAGUCCAAGAAGCGGGUGAUGGUCGGUGCCUGCGUAGUUGAGUAUGAAGAUGAGCGCGAGACGGGCCGGUACCUUGUCCGCGAGGAGAGUGGAUCACAUCGGGCUUGGUGCGGAUGGUGUUCAAGGGUCAUUCCGGCGAAGAGUGAAAUUGGUCAUGGCUGA